CCCACUCAUCCGGCUGUUGGUAUACCGAACGCGCGCGCGUUAGUUGUUCGUUGUGCGUGCGGCUCGAAGUGUAUAAUACGGAUCGUAGUGAUCGUUUUUUUUUUUUUACCAUAAUAUUUGGGUUUACGACUAUAUUAUACAAACUUUGUUGUGUACCGUGAUUGACACUGUUGUUGUGUGUAAUUUUUUUUCGAUCACAAAAUAUGUUCGUUUAAAUAUUUUUCUUCGCGUGUGACGUGCGAAACUUACGUAUGUAGCAGAUUUCCGCGAGACUCGUCUACCCAUAUACAUAAAAUGAUACAUCUACAAACAGCAGUCGGAUGAUACGAUAACGUGCGAAUAUCAUUGACGUUAUCGGAAUGCUAUUACGGUCGGCAGGUUUGCAAAAUCGUUUGAAUUUGGAUGAUAAAUCGAGGAGCACAAAACGAAUAGCAUAUUAAUAAUUUAACUAUAGUUAUUAAAAUUGUGAAUAUUUUGGACGUCAGAUUUUGUUUAAAUGGCUUCCGAAAAAUUGACUGCACGAUGUGAUCCGUACCAGGAGAUGGAAAACUAUUUAGAAAAAGUGGCUGAAGAACUUGAUGAAGUCUUUAACCAAUUAUCGAAGAAAUCAGCAGAGCCCCCCGGCAAGCUUGCGACGAACUGGCCGCCAGACCGCAGCAAUGACGCCAAUAAAGACGAUCGUUUUAGCACAGAAAAUGGCGACUACUUGACGGACAACUUAGGUGGUCGGUUUGAUGACGUUAUACUAGAAUUGCAAUUACCAGAACGGAUUGUUUGCCAAGCAUGUGCUGAAGGAUUAGAAGAAAAAGUGUAUUUCGGUGAUAACUGUGGCAGUGGUGUUUUUUCUAACAACAUGCGUUACCGCCUAUCACCAACCAAACGAAAACGAUGUCGUUCUCGAUCUUUGGAUCAAAGUAGUCUACAAUUGCCAGACUGUUAUGAAGACAAGUCAGCUGUACUGCUCAAAGUCAAGGUACUCAAUACCACGCCACCUACACCCAUUCGUCGGUCAUCUCUUAACCGAUUUCAAACUAUCAUCGCACAACAGAAACAGUUUGAACGACAAGACAGCGAUGGAGGCCCGAACCUAGAAGUGGCCACGCAGACGUCACCAACUUGCAGUAGGUCUUCAAGCUUCACGUGGUUAUCUGAUCGUUCGGAUACUGGUAAUUGUUCGUCGGCCGAGGAGGCUGUGACACCAUGUAGUUCAACCGACGAUUCGGUGACCGACCAUCAUAUCAGUUGUGGAUCUUCGACCGAAUCGUCCGUCACCCCUCCUGGACGGUCCGACGAACCGGAGUCCGGUAUAGGAACUGCAUCGCCUCCACACCACCGGUAUUCAAAAUCGGGAAACCAGAAAUGUCGAAGGAAAGAGACGUGGGAAAGGUUGCAGAGACGACACGCCGACCGUCGUGCGACCAUCAAACACAUAGAACAACCGGUGUGGGUGCCUCCUGCAGCGGAAAUAAGCGACCAAAUUCACCGGCCAGCGACGCGACCGAAUCGGUUACCUUUAACCAGUGAAUCUGAAUUUCCGGUAAAAAACAUCUCUUACGAGUUGCCCAGUCCGACAGCCGUUUCACUAGACGGUAACGGUGAAGAAGUUACCUCUGAAUUAGCAGGCGCUUGCAAAAGCUCGUCAGCUCCCCAUCUCAUCAAAUCCACUCAGACACUGCCACGAAGGUCUAAAUAUACUGGCGGAUCAAAGGAAUGGAAACAUCCCAAAUGUCAUUCGGAACGAUACUUAGAAGAAAUAGAAGCAAAAGAAGCGUGUAAAUGGCUAAGAGCCGCUGGAUUUCCACAGUACGCGCAAAUGUAUGAAGAUUUGCAAUUUCCCAUAGACGUGAACGGCGUGCAAAAGGACCAUCCUUUUCUAGACCUAGACUCUUUGCAAUCGUUGUUCAGAAGACUGCACGCCUUAAACCGUUGCGCAAACAUGAAAUUAGAUUUUGCGCCAAAACACGCAGGCGAUGACUCGGACUCCGAGGGGGAAUGCGCGCUGAGUGAAAACUGGACGUUCCAGAGAGAGUCAAGGAGGUGGUCCCGAGUAGACGACAUCGUCAACACGGCAAUGAUGCUGCAGCAGCAACUGCAACCGUCGUCGCCCGUCGAACACCAUCUAUCCGGAAACCAGCAGCAGCAAAACCACGACCUCCAACCAUCGCAGCAGGGUUGUGGAGGCAAGUUUGGAAGUAACACGAUGCCACAACUGCAAUUGGCCGAGCAGCUGCAGACGGCGGCGGUAGCGGCCGAUGCAUCGGACGCGGCACUAAUCUCACGAUUCCGGCGGUCGGGUAGCGAGCGGAUCAGAGAUGGGGCAAAAGCCAUCCUACGGCGAGUGGAGAGUCUGAAGACAAGACGUCGAAAACAGCGCAACCGCGACGGCGUAGUCAUCGGUUCACCGCAGAUCAUAGACAUGGCUUCGAUGCAACAACGGAUGAAGGAACUUAACUGUGUGGACGUGACACCGCCAGAUUCGCCGAUUACCGACGACCACAUAAAGUCCAAACGGUUCUUGGCCAAACCCGAGUCGCUGGACUCGUUGGCAUAUUCCGAUUCAGAACUGUCGUGGAGAAAUGAGUACACAGAUGCCAACAGCAAUAACACCAAGCCAUUGUUGGAUUUCAUGGCCUUUGACGGGAGUAACGACUUUUCAUCUCCCAAUGGCAGUCAAGACAGCCGCACAUACAAAAAUAAAUACAACGACAGCGUGGAUUCGGUUUCUAGCGCAGUGCAAGACAGCGAUCAAGAACUAACCACCAAAUCAAAAGGGUCAGUUGUACGGUGGCAUAGUUUUCAAAAGACCAAGAACCGACCGAAUGCCGUGGCCGGACAAAUGGUCGGGUCGCUCACGGUUGGUCAGCUGUUGGUGUUACGGAAGUUCGCUCUUCUCAAGCUGACCGCCAUUAUGGAACGGUAUUGUCCGACACACAGAACGGGAUGGAACUGGGAACUUCCCAAGUUUAUGCGCAAAACCAAAAUGCCCGAUCCCAAAGACAAAACAGUUUUUGGAGUUCCACUGAUAGCCAAUGUUCAAAAAUACGGUUCCUCACUGCCACCGUUCGUCCAGUCUGCUUUUCAGUGGCUCGAAGACAACGCCCUUGACCACGUGGGGUUGUUCCGGAAGCCCGGCGUUAAAUCCCGAAUACAACGAUUAAAGCAACUGGCUGAAGCCGAUCCGGACGACCUGAAGUUCGAAAACCAUCAGGCCUACGAUGUGGCUGACAUGGUGAAGCAAUACUUCCGUGAGUUACCGGAGGCCUUGCUUACCAACAAACUCUCCGAGAGUUUCAUCGCAAUUUUUCAACACGUUCCGGUGUACUUACAAAAGGAAGCGGUCCACUACACGGUGCUGCUGUUACCCGACGAACACCGCGAAGCCCUGUUCGCCCUGCUCGACUUCCUUUGCCAGGUGUCGUCCAGGAGCAACGUGAAUCAGAUGUCCGCCAGCAACCUGGCCGUCUGUCUGGCCCCGUCACUGUUCCACCUCGGCAACGGCAGCGCCUGGUCGUCGUCGCAUCCGCACGGUGGAUCCGCCGGCGGGUCGACGCCGUCCAGCCCGGUCACGUCGCACAACCGUUCGUCGUCCGUGUCGCCACGCCGGAACCACCAUCAGUCGUCUGCAACCUCCGCCUCCGUCGUAGGUCUACCCGAUUCUAAGCAGCUGGGACAGAACAAGGCGGCGCACGACUGCUUGCUGUUCCUCAUCAAGCACUACCGUCAACUGUUCGCCAUGUCAGAGGACGUUAUGAGCCAGUGUCACUUUAGCUAUAUGGACGAGAGCAUACCAAUAAGUCUAGAAGAGCUCGGUGCGGAAAUGGGUCACGACUGGAGAGGAUACUUGAACGCGUGUACGUCGGCGUUGCUUAAAGAAGCCAAAGACAAGAACAGGGGAUGGAUAGCCGUGGGCAGUUUCGAGAACGUCGACAUAUCGUACAAGAAGGUCGGGGACGGACACCCAUUGCGGCUGUGGCGGGUGUGCACGGAAGUGGAGGCGCCGCCAGCCGAAGUGCUCGCCCGGAUACUGUGGGAGCGACACGUGUGGGACGCGGACCUGUUGUCGGCCAGGGUGGUGGCCAAAAUGGACGCGCGCGCCGACCUGUACCAGUACGCGGACGCGGCAAUGCCCCCACACCCGGCCAAAGACUAUUGCGUGGCCAGAUCGUGGCGGACCGACCUGAACCGGGGAGGUUGCGCGGUCGUUGAAACGUCCGUCGAACACCCGGACGCCAAGCAGCCGGCGGCGGGCGCGGUCCGCGGCAUCGUGCUCGCCUCCCGGUACCUGAUCGAACCGUGCGGUUCGGGCCGGUCCCGGGUACUGCAUUUGUCCCGAGUCGACACAAAGGGCAGGACGUGCGAGUGGUACAACAAGAUAUUCGGACACAUCACUUCCAAAUAUUUGUCCGCGAUACGAAAAUCGUUCGAACACUCUGCUGACGGUCCCGAGAGCAAAGUAUGAUUCAGGCGCCGAUUAUUAUUUUUGUUUUUUUUUUUAUAUUAUUAUUAUUAUUAUUAUUAAUCGUUCUCUGGUAAACGAUUUCCGCGUCGGCAUCGACACAAUAUAAUAAUAAUUUAUAUCUAAUUUAAUAUUGUACAUAAUAAAGUGUUACCUAUACGAUCGGACGACGAGUAUAGGCGCGUUCCACGCGUUUAAAUAUUAUAUAUUUGUAUGUAUCAAUAAUUGUAUUAUUAUAUUAAUAUUAUUUUUAUCAUUAUUUUAUUUUGAAUGUUCUAACUAUACACAAUAUAAUAUAAGCCAGACCGCGUUGUUACAAAACAGUAGACUGAUCGGGGGUACGUAGUCGCGUACCCCUCCCCCCCGACCUCCUAGAAAACACAAAACUUGUAUCGGUUUUUUUUUUGCAAAUGAAUCCGUAAUUGUUAUUAUUAUUACUAUGAAUAAUUUUUUUGUUUACGAAUAAAAACACUGAAGCAAUGAUACUAUAAUAUAAUCGAUAUAGUGUUAUUAUCGUAAUAUUAUAUAUUAUAUAAAUACUUAAUUGAUAUCGUUCACGCGAGACAUCCUAACUUGCGGUGUCUACAUCAUACAGCUGCAAUACAGCAAUCAAAACAGGGUAUAGUUUUCGAUUGUAUUUUAAAAAUUAAUUCGCGUACCAAUAAAAGUUCCUAUGAUGUUAUGAUUUGUAUUGUACAACGACAAUAUUAUUUUAUUAAUCACCAAUAAUCAGACGUCAGAUAGACAAUUCGAUAUACUUACCGCCAUUUGACUUAGGUAUUACUAUUACACUCAGCAGUAUAUAAUACAAUCCAAAAACGAUAUAGAGAACACUGUUAAAAAUGUUAAAACAUAAUGUCGACAACGGGACCAUAAUAUAUUGUUGAUUUAUAUAUAUUAAGAGAAAAAACACAUCACAUUAUAAUAUAAUAGAAAUUUUACUUAAUUUUUAAGCGUUUAAAAUAUAUAAUUUACCGUUAUUUUAUUUCUUUGUAUUAUUAUUAUUGUGUAUUGUGUCUGUUAAUAGCUUUAUUACGUAGAAAGUGCCUCUUAUACCUUAUUUUUGUAAAAAAAAUCGCACAUUUUAUGUUUGAAAUAUUAUUAUGCGUUUUUAAACUUCUAUAAUAUUUUACUUUUCGUCGUGAAAUGCGUACUUUGUGUAUAAUAUAUUAUUAUUGUUCAGUGUUAGAAUAUAGUUACCUUAUUAUUAUAAAUGUAAUUUUUUUUUGUGUUAAAUUAUGAUUUAGAAGAUACUAUCAAAUAAAAAAUAUUGUUCUAUGUUCAAUACAAAACGUUUAUAUUAUGUUAUUGCCCGAUAAAUUGCAGAACAUCGCUAUACUUAUAUUUUAUAUGUACAAAUACAAUAGUUAUGUAUAGAUACAUUGAUCAAAUAUUGUUUAUAAUUUGUGAAUAUGCAGGGUGAUCGAUUUAACUUAACACAUUUAUAAUGACUGGAAUUUUAAUUAUAUGAAUGAUAUUCAGCAGAAAAUAGUUAAAAUAGGUUUUUAAAUUUAUUUACCAAGAGGACGCUAUUACAACACUAUACUCAGACAAACGAAAGUGCUCUAACUGCUCUAAGUGUCGCACUUGUGUUGAUUUUACGUGUUUUUUUUUUUUAUUAUACAUAGUCUUACGCGAACCAAUAUAUGUCAUAGAAUUGUUGUAAAAACAUUAAAUUUUAGUUUACAGAGAACUUUAUUUGUGCUUAAGAGUUUAAAAAUGUUUGAUACACUAAAACUACUUUCUGGUUUCUUAAGACGUAUCUAUUGAAAAAUACUAAAAUAAUCUGAACGUUAAAAACACACGAAAAAAAUUAUUUGAUCCAACAAAAAAUUGGCACUUUUAAACGUGUAUAAUACUCUCCAAUAUUUUUCUAUGACAUAAUAUAUAUAUGUUUUUGAGUUAGGUACAGAUAUUUUGAUUUUUUUGAUUGACUUUGACUCUAAUCGAUUUUGGGCAACGCUAAUUAUCACUUUGUAAGUACAAAAUUUGACACCUGUAACGACACUAUAUGACUUAAAGCCUUAAGGUGGGAAAGUGGAAUUUAUGUUCGACGUUGACGCUUGACGACGACGAUAUUAUUUCAAAACAAGAUUAACUCUUAACGUAGCACGCUAUACUCAAUAUUUAUCUAAUAACGCGGAAACCCCAAAAACAUAUAAUAUAUGAUUCAUACAUUUUACUUGGAGUAGAAAAUAUCGAGUAGCGUGCUACGUUUUUUAAUCGUGACUUUUACAAUAUUCAUUUGCCCAAAACAUGUUAUUGCGCCACAAAUUACCGUUGAUACGUGUAGCGUCCUUAUUAAUAUUUUAUGCGUAUUAGUGUAUUACGACGAAUUAUCAUACAUAAUACAUAAAUUAUUAUUUAUAGUAAUUGUUAUGUAAUACCAUAUACCAUAUACCAUAUUAUGUAUCGUUAUUUUAGUUUUUAACAAAAAUUGUAAGACAUAUUUUAUUCCUAAGAGAAAAAUAAAUUACUAUAUACUUA